CCACUAAAACACCUAAAUCCUUUUAUCAAUCCCCCCUUGGGUUUCUCCACCUCUCCAUUUGGUACAGCCACGAUCGUCCCUCUGCUCUUCACGCUGUCAUCGUCGUUGCUGAGUUCGCUGGUCCUGGUUGCUUCUUUGCUCUUCUCCGCCGCUUCCUCUGGUCCACGUCGCUGCUUCCGCUGGUCCAGUCCUUCCGCUGUCCCCUGCUGCCCCUUGCCGCUGGUCCUCAUCCUUAAUCACGCCGCCGUGUCUCCUCGCCGCGUCCUCAGUCACUGCAGGUUCAGUUACUCAAAAUGUACCCUACUUGAUACCAUCCCUACUGCUGACAGGUGGUAAUUGGCACAAUAGGUUGUUCCGCUUCACUCUCAUAGAUAAAGAAGGAAACACCUGCCUACUAAUCAGUUUGACACUGAGAACACUGUCACCCUUGUUGGUCCAUAAUCAGCUGAGAUGGAAUACGUGAGCCCUGAAGGACUCCGACUAGAUGGUCGACGCCCUAUGGAAAUGAGGCAACUUCGAGCGCAGAUUGGUGCUGUUGCCAAAGCGGAUGGUUCUGCUGUGUUUGAGAUGGGUAACACUAAAGUAAUUGCUGCAGUUUAUGGGCCAAGAGAGGUCCAAAAUAGGAGUCAACAGAUUGGUGACCAGGCAUUGGUGCGCUGUGAGUACAGCAUGGCUAAUUUUAGUACUGGAGAUCGCAAGAGAAAGCCAAAGGGUGAUAGGCGAUCAACAGAAAUAUCUCUAGUUAUUCGCCAGACAAUGGAAGCAUGCAUAUUGACACACUUGAUGCCUCGUUCUCAGAUAGAUAUUUAUGUACAAGUUCUUCAAGCAGAUGGAGGAACUAGAUCUGCAUGUAUCAAUGCUGCUACUUUGGCUUUAGCAGAUGCUGGAAUACCCAUGCAUGAUCUUGUUACUUCUUGUAGUGCUGGGUAUCUCAAUAGCACUCCAUUGCUUGAUUUGAACUAUGUAGAAGACAGUGCAGGAGGUCCUGAUAUUACAGUUGGAAUUUUACCUAAGCUGGACAAAGUGACACUUCUUCAGAUGGACGCAAAGUUGCCAGUUGAUAUCUUUGAAAAUGUUAUGCAACUUGCUAUUGAAGGCUGCAAGGCAAUAGCGACAUACAUUGGUGAAGUGUUGCUGGAGAAUACCAAGCAACUGGAAUACCGAAAAGGCUUAUAGUUUAUUGUUAGGUUAAGAAUUCAAAACCUCAUGCUUAUACUUGACAAUAUCCACAGCCCAGGCUGACAAUUUCUACAUUGCUGGAUUACAGAUUUUCAGACAUGUUAUAACCAAGAAAACUAACCCAUGGAUUGGCAUGUCUUUUUAAGCCCUGCAUUUCCUGGUGGAGUGGGUGGCCAGCAUGUCUCGCUUUCAUUUUGCAAUGUUUAAUUCAUAUCUUUAAUCAUUUGUGUUUGCAGCAGCAAAUGUUAAACUCAUGAUGAAGUGGUUAUGCAGAAUUUUCUAAUUUUCCAGAAA